UCAUUAUUAGAAUUAAUCUCAAAAAAGCUUAUAUAAAGGCCUCCUCCGGAGAACUCAGCAUAGCUCAUCAGAAAGCAGAAGGCAAAGAAGACUAAUUCUUUACCUUGGGAAAAUGGAGUUAAUAAAGAAGAAGAAGAUCUUGCUGUUAGAGCUUCUAGGGUUUCUGAUAUUGAAUGUGCUCACAUUCUGCAUGGCUGCCAAGCAUAUCGCUACUGUUGAUUGGAUUGUCAAGGAAACUUCAUACACUCGGCUGUGCAGCACCAAGAAGAUCCUGACUGUAAAUGGACUAUUUCCUGGGCCACCUAUGUAUAUGCGCAGGGGAGAUCGGCUCAACAUAAAUGUUCGAAAUAAAGGAAAGUACAAUGUCACCAUUCACUGGCAUGGAGUGAAGCAACUCAGGAAUCCAUGGUCGGAUGGACCAAACUACGUGACACAGUGCCCAAUCAAACCAGGAGCAAAUUUCACUUAUGAAAUCGUUUUGUCAAACGAGGAAGGAACCCUUUGGUGGCAUGCCCACAGCGACUGGUCCCGCGCCACUGUCCAUGGCGCACUCAUUGUUCUCCCUCAACUUGGAAAAAGUUAUCCAUUUGCCAAGCCUCAUAAAGAAUUUCCCAUUGUUUUAGCAUCAUGGUUCAAGGGGGACGUGAUGGAGAUCAUUGAAACUGCUCUUGAAAGUGGUGCGGAACCCAAUAAAUCGGACGCUUUCACCAUUAAUGGUCAACCAGGAGAUCUAUACAAUUGUUCAAAACAAGGGACGUUCAAACUGGUGGUUGAUUAUGGGAAAACUUAUCUUCUUCGCAUCAUCAAUUCUAUUAUGAACGAGGAAAUGUUCUUCAUGGUUGCUAAGCAUAGCCUGACUGUUGUUGGUACAGAUGGGGCUUAUAUUAAACCCAUAAAAACAAGCUAUAUCAUGAUAACCCCGGGACAGACAAUGGAUGUCCUUAUCACAGCAAAUCAGGCUCCUAGUCACUACUAUAUAGCAUCCAGGGCAUAUGCUGGGGUAGUGUAUGAUAAUACUACCACAACUGCAAUAGUGCAAUAUAGUGGAAAAUACACUGCCCCAUCAACACCUUCAUUUCCCAAUCUUCCCAAUUACACUGACACCAACGCAGUAACAAAUUUUACUAGGCGCCUUAGGGCCCUAGCCACCAAAGACUACCCGGUAGAUGUUCCACAACAUGUUGAUACCCGAAUGUAUAUCACAAUUUCUGUGAAUACUUUGCCAUGCGAUGACAAUUCAUGUGAUGGACCCAAUGGCUCAAGGGUUUCUGCGAGCUUGAACAACAUAAGUUUCGUGGAGCCAUCAAUUGAUGUGUUACAAGCCUACUACAAGAGAAUUAAGCAUGUUUACGAAUCCGAUUUUCCGAAUGAGCCCCCUUACUAUUUCAACUUCACCGGGGACAACUUGCCGGACACUUUAUUGACACCAGACCAGGGGACUAAGGCAAAAGUUUUGGAUUAUAAUUCCACUGUGGAGAUAGUGUUCCAAGGGACUAAUGUGCAGAAUGCAGCCGAGAAUCAUCCAAUGCAUUUGCAUGGGUACAGCUUUUAUCUAGUGGGAUAUGGUUUUGGGAACUUUAACAAGAAGACUGAUCGGAAAAAAUUCAAUUUGGUUGAUCCGCCGGAGGUCAAUACCAUUGGAGUACCCACGAAUGGGUGGGCUGCCAUCAGAUUCAGAGCUGAUAAUCCAGGGGUAUGGUUCAUGCAUUGUCAUUUGGAAAGACAUUCCAGCUGGGGCAUGGACACCGUUCUAAUUGUGAAGAAUGGAAGGACCAGAUUAAGUAGUAUGCUGCCACCACCUCGUCAAUUAAAUCCUUGUUGAGUUGAUGGAAGAAAUUCUGUAGGUGGUCACAGGGUGGAAGCAGCUAUGUUUUAUUAGUGGAGAUUGUGGACUUAUUUUCGAAUAAUUAGUGGUGUAAUUUUCAGUUCACCGUUUGGAUUGGGAGUGGAAAUAAUAAAUUAAAUUUGUUGUCAGUGUGAAAGAUGGCACCGUCAUAGGAGAUACUGUACUCCAUCUAUAUUUGUUUCAAAUAUUUAGACAAGAUAAACAAUAAAAUAUCAAAAAUUGUGGAAA